AUGUUGUCCGAAGGAACUUGUAAAGAUCUUUUGGAUGAAAUAAAACAUAAUCAAUUCAAAAAAUUUAAUACAGCUGAAGUAGCUUCUUUAGAACGUGAAAUGGCAAUUGUUCAAUCAAAAAUAGAUGAUAUUAAGCUUCGGGCUGAGGUAAAUGAAAUUACAGAAAGUCUGUCGAUAAACUUCGCACUAUUGAAAGCAUAUAAAGAUAGACUAGAAAGAAUACACAAAACAUACAAGCUUUUUAGACUCAAGAGAAUUCAAGACAGCUAUUUUUCCAAAGAAAACGUUGUCGAAUUCCUAGCUCCCCAUGAAUUAGAGUUUUAUAAAAAUUUUUCAGACGCAGUUGGAGAAUACUUAGCUGAUUUUAAGCAUCUUGCUUUAACAGACAGACAUCCGCCUCUGGACUUUUUUGUUCAAAUUCUAGCCUUAGAAGACUGUGGGGUUGUCCUGUGCGGCGACGAGUUCGUUGAGCUUAAGAAGGAUCGAAUAUACUUUUUGAAAAAGUCUGAUAUUGCACACCUAUUGACAAAAAAGCUAGUAAAGGUUAUUUAG